CCCGAGUCCUUGUAAGAGAAGAAAUAAACCUCGGUAGGAAAUAGGAAUCUGGUUUCAGAAUCGAGCUGUUUCGUUCUCUUCAUGCUCGAACCGCCAGCAACUUCACCUGUUCAAUUGACAAAGUGUAGCUUGUAGCUCGACUUCGGUAGCUACUCUCCUUUUUGGCUCCCAUCGCUGCGCUGAUAAUAAGAUUGUCCCUCGCCGCCGUCGCUGGUGUUUGUCGUAGACUAGGGAUCGUGGUGGUCCGCGUUUCAACUUCGGGAUUCUCGUUAGUUUCUGCUCGAUUUCCUUUCGGUUCUCUGCUUGGACAAUUUCAUUAGGGUUCUCGCAUUGUUAUAGUUCAUCCAUGGCGGUAAUGCCUCUGAAGCGGUUACUCGGAGGGUUCGUACAGAGAACAGUCGCUUCUUCUCAACAUGCAGCUGCGAAUCGAGGAAUGGGAGCUGGGGGAGCACUCGCCAGACGCUUCUGUUCAUCUUCGGCCACCGGAAAGACUUCGAAAAUUCCUCACUUGCCCAAAAAGGGAAGGCUAUUGACCGGGGCCACUCUUGGAUUGGUUAUAGCUGGGGGAGCUUAUGUGAGUACAGUGGAUGAAGCAACAUUCUGUGGUUGGCUGUUUGAUGCCACGAAGCUUGUGAAUCCGUUCUUCGCCCUUCUCGAUCCCGAGGCUGCUCAUAGACUAGCAGUGUCUGCUGCUGCUCGAGGGUGGGUGCCAAGGGAGAAGAGGCAUGAUGCACCAGUUUUGGAACUGGAAGUGUGGGGAAGGAAGUUUUCGAACCCAGUAGGUCUAGCUGCUGGAUUUGAUAAAAAUGCCGAGGCUGUUGAAGGCUUGCUUGCUUUGGGCUUUGGCUUCAUCGAGGUUGGCUCUGUAACUCCUGUACCACAAGAAGGCAACCCCAAGCCUCGUAUCUUUAGGUUGCGUCAAGAAGGUGCAAUCAUCAACCGUUGCGGAUUUAAUAGUGAAGGUAUUGUAGCUGUUGCAAAGCGUUUGGGUGCUCAGCAUGGGAAGAGGAAGUUGGCUGAAACUUCAAGCACUGCACCUCCAACUAAUGAUGAUGUCAAACAGGGAGGUAAAGCUGGUCCGGGAAUUCUGGGGGUUAAUCUUGGAAAAAACAAAGAAAGUGAAGAUGCUGCAUCAGAUUAUGUACAGGGCGUGCAUACAUUAUCCCAGUAUGCAGAUUACUUGGUUAUAAAUGUUUCAUCACCAAAUACCCCUGGGUUGCGUACUCUUCAGGGUAGGAAACAGUUGAAGGAUCUUGUGAAAAAGAUUCAAGCUGCUCGUGAUGAAAUGCAAUGGGGUGAAGAGGGUCCACCACCUUUGCUCGUUAAAAUUGCACCAGACUUGUCUAAAGAAGACCUGGAAGACAUUGCAGCGGUUGCUGUUGCUCUCCGUCUAGAUGGACUGAUAAUCUCAAAUACAACAAUACAAAGGCCUGAUGCUGUGAUGAACGACCCUUUGGCCAAAGAAACUGGUGGUCUAAGCGGGAAGCCUCUUUUCGAUCUCUCUAACAGUAUCUUGAAGGAGAUGUACAUUUUGACAAGAGGAAAGAUUCCUCUAAUAGGCUGCGGAGGUAUUAGCAGUGGUGAGGAUGCAUACAAGAAAAUACGAGCUGGAGCAACUCUCGUCCAGCUAUAUACUGCAUUUGCUUAUGGAGGUCCUGCAUUAAUUCCUCAAAUAAAGUCUGAACUAGCAGGAUGCUUGGAACGAGAUGGUUUCAAAUCUGUCAUUGAAGCUGUUGGUGCAGAUCACAGAUAGUUGCCACACCUAUAUAUUGAUUAGUUAGCCUCAGAAUAUGCAUGAAUGAAAGAGAUAUCACAGCUUUAGUAAUCAUUCAACAUUUCUGGUAAGGGGUCAUCUGAUUAGUUUCUGAAGUUUUCUGUUUUGUGGCGACCUUGCGAAAUGGGGUUCAUAUAUGGUUUGUUUAUUCCUUGCUUUACCCUUUGUUUACUUCUGUUCUCCCUUGGAAUUGAGAGUGUUCUCAUCUGUACAAUGUCUCCAAAAUUUUGACCAAAUGGGAUUUUGCCCCAAAGUUCAUAGGUUGAUUCUAGCAUUCGGAGUGUAUCUUCUACCUGUAUCUUUUUAUCCAAAGCAAACACAGCCGAACUUUUUCACUGCAAAUAGGGACAGAAAACUACACAAUGGCCUAAGAACUUUACAGGUGAAACCCAGUUUCAACUCCUUGGCGCUACAUACGAAUGUACAAACAUAUCAACCAAUCACUGGACACAACAUUAUAGGAUCCUUCAUGGUUGCAAAUAACAGAACCCCCACUACAACCCUCGGACUGUAUUCUUUACAUGUUGGGCAGGAAUCUUGGCACAGAGGCAACCCCUGGAAGGUCGAGAAGAAGCUCUCCGAUUGAGUUGUUCCGGGGCGUAGUUGCAGGAGCAGCAUCCUUGUACAGACGGCCACUUUUGACCUCACCUUCAGAUGCUAGAGACGGUGGGUGCUGCUUCCUUAAUUCCAGCUAUAGUUCUUUCACACUUGUCUACCUCGGCAGAAUCACUCUGGGUUCUUGGACAGAAAGUGGCAUGCUGGGACUGGAUCUUUCUGCAGCAGACAGCAGAACGAGUUGACCCUCGACAUGAGAUGGGAUUCCUCGUCUGAUGUAAACUGAGAAUCCCUGAGCAACUGUCAAUCUAUUUAAAAAUAUGUUGUAUAUAAUAUCUAAAGUCAUUUAGUAUUACUGAUUUUUUCACUUUUCUACAUAUUUUACAAAAACUGACAUGAAUUGAUUGUACCAUCGGUUGGUCCAUACCACUUGUCAAACAUGCAUUACAGUAUAAACCAAUUUAACAACU